AUGGCCGUGGCAUCGCCCCGCCAACCGACCACGCUCCAGCAAUUGACCCCCCCAAGUAGCUCCCACGGCGGACGAGGAUCGUGGGACUUUGCAGUGCCUGUACAAAGGCUAGACACCGCAAAGAGAUCCUACGCCGAGCAAGAGCCUUUCAUGUCCGAAGACGUCGCGCCCGCGCAUCCUUACUCUCCCCGCGAGCCCCCCAGUGCUCAACCCAAUGGGGUGCUGAAGGCUCCUCGCUCUCCCUUAGAACCACAAGGGCAGCACAACGGGGAUGAGCAAGGAUUUCUCGCGCCGAGCCGGGUCCAUGAGCUACACAAGAAGGGAAGCGGCGAGGUGAGCGCUAAUAGCAGCGAUCCGGAUAGUGUUCUGGAAUACUACAAGGGUGCUGAGAGCCGAAAUGGAGCGACUGCGAAAAACAAGGGCCGGAAGAAGCCCACGAAGAUGCCGUCGAACUGGACCGAAGUAGAGAAGGAUGAGAACAACUGGAUACACCGUGACAAGCUGAAAGAAAUUGAGAUCAGGGAAAUGGAAGAAGCGGGCUUCAGGGUCGGGCGCACCAGCCGCUCAAACAGCAGGUCACAAAGUGCUAGACAUGCGUCGCGAGAUCGAACCAAUUCCGAGGCUACUGAUCCUGCAUACAAUGGAGACGAUCGCCAGGACAACCGAAGGAUGGUUUCGCCCAUACCGGACGAGGAGGGGGACGCGCAGCCAUCCGCCUGGGACUUGCGAACGCCAGCGGAGAUUGCAGCAGAGAAGGAGCAGUACGCAGCACGAAACAACCACGGCGUGAGGCCCAGCACCUCCCGCAUUCCUGUUGCUAAGCUCAGUCCGGUUCCUGUACCGCCUACGCUGGCCGAUAGGGACGCCCCGCUCCCAAGGCCUAGGAAAGAGAGUGGCAACUGGAAUGGCGACGCCAUCGCAACGAAUGGCGCCAGAGUGAGGAGCGGGAGCACAUCGAGUCAAGUACUACUGGAUGAGCCACGACGAUCCGAAGACCCGCAGCGGAGCCCAAUGUCCGGCAAUUUCAGCACUCCUGCAUCUCCUAUGACGGGGUCGCCACCAAAAGCGAAGACGCCUGGCAAGCCUACACCAACAGGGCGGAAAGCCAGCACGCAAAAGACUCAAGCGAAGCCUCGAAACACAUCUACCUCUUCCCCGGUAAAACGCCCCGGAACGAGCGGUGGUUCGCUGUCUCGUCCCAGCACCAGUCACCGACCCGAAGGCGAGGCUCCAUGGAUUGCUACCAUGUACAAGCCUGAUCCACGGUUACCCCCAGAUCAGCAGAUUAUCCCUACACACGCCAAGAGAAUGCAGCAAGAACAGUGGGAAAACGAGGGCAGGGUUGGCUCAAUGUAUGACAAGGAAUUCCGGCUGCUGAACACUGAGGAGUACGCGGACAACCGCGCUUCCCAGAUCCAGCCCAUAGACCUUGAACAAGCGCAGCAAGACGAGCAAUGGCCACUCCCAAGCCCGACAAAGGUGUCUCCGGAACGGAUUGAUACCAAUGUGAAGUCGCCAACGACCGAGCAAGGCGGCUACAAGCUCACGCCGACGAUACCCCAAAGUCCUCGUAUACCGUCCCGGACUUCAAACCGGCAGGUUUCGGCCCCCUCUCCGAAACCGACGACUACGCGUCUUCCCGAACCCCCCGAAGAGAAAGAGAAGGAGAAGAAGAAUUGCUGCUGCAUCGUCAUGUAG